AAGGUUGAUGGACUAUCAGCAGCGGCACAACGAAUUCCGACGCCUCCUUAUGUGCCGCAACGGGACUUUCCGCUUCAGCACCGCCCAAAUCACGUCCGCGUGCUGCCCCGCCCACUGCCUCGGCUCUGAAAUGAUGCUUUCCAAUGUGCAAGAAGAAGAGCAGGAGCAGAGAGAAAUUGCCCAACUGCGUCAGAGGGUAGAUGACCUGGAAAAAGUCCAGCAGCGGCAAAUGGAAGAACUGGGAUGUAGCGAGCAAAAGGAAUGCGUCGAGCAAAAGGAGCAGGACAACGGCCCGCUAUGAGGAUUGUCAACAUUUUCAUCCAUCCAAAGGUGACAUGAUCUCCUCGGCCCUCCAGCAGUCCUUUCCGCAUGGGGCUAGCCUGGGGCCCGUCGCGGGGGCGUCUUCAUCCAUGCCUGGUUUGUCCGCCGGGGCCGAGAUGGAGCUUCAGAAGAUGCUCGUCGACGAGAGGACCAAGUGUGAACGUCAUCGAGCGAACUAUGAGACUCUUAAGGCCGAACACACCAGUUUACAGGAUGAGUUCAUCCAGGUACAAGAGGAAUUACGGCAUCUUCAAGCUCAACUCGACAGGCUCCAGCUGCAGUUCGCUGAGCGCACUAGAGAAAUUCUGGAAAAAAAUGGAGAGCUGGACGAGCUCAGACUUCAGGUGAUGACUCCUCAGCGUCUGGAGUUGCUCAGGGCUCAGGUGCAACAGGAGAUGGAGGGUCCGGUUCGAGAGCGCUUCGCCAAACUAGAAGAGGAGGCCGAGAAGUACAGGUCAGAGUUCAACGAGCUCCGCUAUGCUCACACCGUGCUCAAUGCCCAGUUUGAACACCAAAAAGAGGAACACGCACGCGUCGUGGAGGAGCAGAGGCUACGCUACGAGGCCGAAAUCGCUCAUCUGGACAAAGAUAAGGAGAACCUGAUGGCCCUGUACCAGAACGCAGACUCCCAGCACGACAGGAAACAAGUCGAGGUUCUGCUGAGGGAGAAAACCCAGCUUACCUUGCGCUUGAAGGGUCUCCAGGCGGAGGUGGCGGAAUUGCAGGCCCAGAAGGACCACUCGGAGCAGCAGGCGGAGAACAUCCAGCGGGUUCAGAAGCGACAGCUGGCGGAAUCCCAGGCCGCUCUCAAAGCCCUGGAGGCGGAGCGCGAGUCGUUGCGCUCGCGGCUGGAGCGGAUGGAAAGCGAACUCCGGCUGAGCCACGAGCAGAACAGUCAGCUGACUGGAAAACUGCAUAAAACCGAGAAGCGAGUCGACUCCCUCAGCGGACAGAUUGAAAGCCUGACGCAUUCCCACAAGAUGGAGGUGGCCAGCGUCAAACUGGAGUCUACCCGCUCCAAAGGCGAGCUGGAGAGGGAGAGAGACAGCCUGAAAGGGCAAUUGGAGGGCCUACAGAUGGACAUGGAGGUGCUCAAGCACGCCGCGGAGAGACACAAGGAAGCCGUCGUCGAAAAAGAAAGGGAGGUAGCCAGGAAGGUGCAAUCAGCCCGCGAUGAGGAAAUCUACAAAUCGGCUGUCUUACACCAGGAAAAGAUGGAGCUGGAGCACCGCCUGGCUGCGUUGGAACAGCAGGUGGCGCUGCAGGAUACCAAAGUGCAAGCCCAGAACGAAGAGUGGGAAGGGCAACUCCGCAUGGCUCAAAGAGGAGAAGAGUCUGCGCGCAAAGAACUGCAGAGCCUGAGAACUCGAUUAAAGCAGCAGAGCGCACAGCUUGAGGAGCUGGAAAGGCUAACAGAAGCGGUUUCAAACUUGAAGCAGAAAAACGAGGAGAUGUCCGCAGAGUUGGGCACGUUGUCGAGAUCAGAAGCUGAGCUGAUGGAUGCAAAUUUGCAUCUGAAAGCCAAAGUGGACGGAGUGAGGGAGGAGCUGAGGGGAGUCCGAGCCCAAGCUGAGAGGAGCCAACAUGAGGCAGAGCGGCGGGUGGAGGAGAGUCAAAUCGAGUGGUUGGAGGAGAAACACAAGCUGCAAGAGAGAGAAGCCAAGCUGGAUGAGAAAUACUCGCAGCUCAAGGAGAAAAUGAAGAGAGCAGCCGUUGCCCAAAAGAAGCGAAGGACCCAGACGGAGAACAAAGAGAAGAGCUUGCAGAAUAAGAUACAACUGUUGAAGGCUCAAAUGGAGGAACUGAAACUGGAAGCCGCAGCAGCCAACAAACGCCCGCUUCACUCCGAGGAGCACGCUCAGCUCCGCAGAAGGAUGCGAGAGCUCCAGCGGCGACACAACGAAUUCCGGCGCCUCCUGCUGGGAGACCAGGGCGCCUUCAGUCUCGGCCCGGCCGUCAUCACGGAUGCGUCCACGAACGUACCUGAAGAGGAGGAGCGCAGGGAGAUGGUCCUGCUGCGUGAGAGGCUGGAUGAGCUGGAAAGAGCGCAGCAGCAGCAACUUGAAGAACUGGAUGGGUGAACAGCGCCACAAGAAUUCUGUACUGUGUUUUCAUUUUAGCCAUUGAAUUCAAGUCACUCAGGUCUUUUUUUUUUACGUUUACACUCGACUCCCUUGAUGUACUUAAAUUUUAUAAUCGCUGUCCGAUGAAGUGUACGUCUGUUAUCGUUUGAUCAUUUUAGCCCGCGUUUGACAAUGCAUGCGAGUCAUUGGCUAGGAAAUAUGCUGUAAUAAUCAUGGACAGGACAGAAAAAGUGGCCUAUUUUUUUACAGCACUUGUUUGUAUGUUCUGCCAGGAAAACUUCAGUCCUCAGGUCUCAGAUGUUCAAAGUAUUAUUUAAACCUCAUGGUCACUAUGGUCUGCACUAAAACUCACCAAACAAACUUGUCACAUGUUCAAUCUGUCGACAAAGCAAAGUAUCACACAGUCACAAAAGUCCAGAUAGGCUGUUCGACUGACCACUUCAACAGGAAUGGCUCCCAACUCUUCAAGUUACUUCCUCAUACAACAGCCAAUCAUGUUGCAGCGAGGCGUGUCCUGCUCAGAUUCCUGGGACGUUUCGUAGAUUGCAUUAAACGGGGCACGAUGUCGCCCUCUUCUGGUUGGAAUGAGAAAGGCAGUAAUUGAUAGCUUCCGGAAACCAACACACAAUACAGUACCGGUACUGGAUACGAGCCAUGUUUCCAUUUGUGCCGUGUGGUGUCUUCUAUUUUAGUUUUAUAUUUUUAUAAAAUCAGUUUUAUUACAUUGAUUAAAUUACCACUAUUGCA